AGGCCCCUGCAGAGCAGAGCGGGCGGCUGUUUUGUAGAGGAGGCAGGCAGGACGUCCUGUGGGAAAGAGGGGGGAGAAGAAGGGCCGGCUCGAGUGUUGGGCUCCUGAUGGUGGCUAUUUUUGUCUCCCCUAGCUGAGUGAUUGGGACAGGGGGUGGAAGAGAAGAUGCUUAUGGCCCGAGACACGGCGCGGGACGAGGCUCAAAAGCUACACAGGAAGUGGCUGAAGCACCAGGCCUUUAUGGCGGAACUGGCCCGCAAUAAGGAAUGGCUUGCCAAGAUCGAGCAGGAGGGUCUGGAGCUGAUCCAGGAGAAGCCAGAGCUGCGUCCAGUGGUUCAGCAGAAGCUGGAGGAGAUCAGAGAGUGCUGGUCCGACCUGGAGAGCACCACCAAGGCCAAGGCCCGCCAGCUCUUCGAGAACAACAAGCCCGAGCCGGCGGUGAAGAGCUUCUCCGACCUGGACAAUCAGCUCUCCCACCUGGAGCAGCAGCCCCCCCAGUUGGAGCAGGCGCACCAUCUGCCCACCUUCAACGAGCAGCUCCAGAAAUUCCAGGCUAUGGAGUCUCAGAUUGGGGACUUUUACAAGGAUGUGGGAGAGCUGGGUAGCUUGCAGGGGGUCUGCCUUCCCCAGCGAGGGGUGAUGGCAGGUGACAGGGAAGGCGGUGACAGGGAAGGCGGCGAGCAGUCGGGCGUGGCGGAGACCCGAAUCGUCCGCCUCAUUGAGCCGCUGAAGGAGAGACGCCGCAUCCUGCUGGCUUCCAAAGAGAUGCAUCAGGUCGCCCAGGACCUGGAGGACGAGAUACUGUGGAUUCAGGAGAGGCUUCCCUUGGCCUCCUGUAAGGAUUAUGGAACUAACCUCCAGAGUGUACAGCAGCAUGUGAAAAAGAACCAAACACUCCAGAGGGAGCUGACCGGGCGGCGGGCUCGCGUCGAGGAGGUUCUGGACCGCGCGGGGAUCAUCGCUUCGCUGAGGACUCCCGAGGUGGAGUUUGUGCGCGAAGGGGCCGGGCACGUGCGCCAGCUGUGGGAGGUUUUGCAGCUGGAGACGGAGCGGCGCUGCGUGAUGCUGGACGCCACGCUGCAGGCUCAGCAGUACUACAGCGAGGCGGCUAAAGUGGAGUCCUGGCUGUCCGGUCAGAAGCUCCAUCUGGUCAACGAAGAGAGAGGCACGGACGAGGCGAGUACCCUGCAGCUGCUGAAGGCCCACCUGGCUCUGGAGCAAACGGUGGAGACAUACGCAGAGACAGUGGGCAUGCUAUCCCAGCAGUGCCAGCGUCUGAUGGAACUCGGACACCCAGAAAGCGUGCAGCUCACCAAGCAGCAGUCGCACAUAGACCGGCUGUAUGUGUCUCUGAAGGACAUGGUGGAGCACAGGAAGACCAAGCUGGAGCAGCAGUACUGGCUCUAUCAGCUCAACAAGGAUGUGGAGGAGUUAGAGAAGUGGAUCACUGACAGGGAGACGGUGGCCAGUUCCACUGAGCUGGGCCACGACCUCGAGGACGUGACGGUGCUUCAGGAGAGGUUCACCAAGUUCGCCUCAGAAACCAACAGCGUUGGCCAGCAGCGUAUGGAGCAGGUGAACAAAAUGGUGAACGAGAUGAUCGACUGCGGCCACUCGGACGCCGCCACCAUUGCCGAGUGGAAGGACGGGCUGAACGAGUCGUGGGCCGACCUCCUGGAGCUGAUGGAGACCCGCAGGCAGAUGCUGGUGGCGUCGCACCAGCUGCACAAGUUCUUCACUGACUGCAAAGAGGUCUUGGCUCAGAUCGCGGGGAAGAUGAAGCAGCUGCCAGAGGUGAGGGCGUGCCAAGCCAACAUCACCAAUCCGGCCACCCUGCAGAGACUCAUGCACUCCUUCGAGCAUGCCCUUCAAUUGCUCGUCGCGCAGGUGAGGCAGCUGCAGGAGAACGCGGCCCAGUUGAGAACCAUCUAUGCUGGUGAGAAGGCCGAGGCCAUCAUGCUCAAAGAGAUGGAGGUGAUGGAGGCCUGGAAGGAGCUGCUGGGCUCUUGCGAGGCCAGUCGCGUCCACGUCACCUCGGUGACGGACAAGGUGCAGUUCUUCUCAGUGGUGCGUGAAAACCUGAUGUGGAUGGAAGGCAUCAUGGGGCAGAUCGGAUGGGAUGAGCCCAGGGAUUUGACGGCUCUCGGUGUGAUGAUGAAACAACAUCAGGAUCUGAAAGCCAAAGUAGACGGCCGCAGCAAGACCAUACAGCAGUGUGCCGAUCUGGGCAAGAUCCUCAUUGCUGCCGGCAACCUUGCAUCAGAGGAGAUACAAGAGAAGCUGGACAGUCUGCUGGCUAAGCAGAGGGACCUUGUUGAGAAAUGGGACAAACACCAGGAGAAGUUACAGCGCAAGCAGGAAAAGUUCCAGUUUGUCCAGGAGACGGUAAGGGCGGAAGCCUGGCUGAAGGCCAAGGAGCCGCUGAUCACCUCCAGAGAGCCAGAGGGAGGAGGGGCCCGGGCCCAAACAGAUGAGGUUGAGCAACUCAUCCUUCGCCACGAGGCCUUCCGCAAGGCUGCUGUAACCUGGAAAGAACGCUUCAGCUCUCUCCGCCAGCUUUCCGCAGCUGAGAAGAACAAAGAGGAGGAGAAAAAGACAACCCCACUCUCCAGCCGAAGGAUGUUCCCAUUAUCAUGUCUGACUCCCAGCGUUCCCUCAACCAGUGCUACCUCGUCUUUCUUGAGGCAGACUGUACAUGCGCAUGUAGAACACAAACUCUUACAGACCAAUCUGGAUUUUGGUGCAACCCCCGCAAGCCAGAGAUUGUCCUCAACCCUAGCCAGUUACAAGCCAGUUAUAAAUGGAUCAGGCUACAUUGGAAUGGAACAGCAGAGCAGCGGGAAGUUGGUGAGCUCCCCGUACCUUGGAAUGAACCAACAGACGGUUGGGGGUGGAAGUGACUCCGGUUUUUCGGCGCUGACCUCCCAGAGUGGUGGAGCAGACACUUCUACUUACCUUGGGAAAAACCAUAGAACUGCUGGCAGUGCAGAGAGCUCUGGGUACUUUGGACUGACAACUGGGGGGGUGGGUAGUACGCAAAACCAUCAAGGCAGUGGCAGGUUAGGAAGUUCAGGUAAUCUAGCUCAGCAGCCAAGCAGUGGAGGUAUGGGAAGCCCUGGAUUUCUGCCUCAACAGAAUAUGGGCAGUACUGGGUAUUUGGCUCAACAUCAAAAUAUGGGCAGUUCUGGAUACUUGGGACACCAGCCUAAUUUAGGGAGUACAGGAUAUUUGGCACAACAGCCUAAUAUGGGGAGUUCUGGGUAUUUGGCACAACAGCCUAAAACGGGGAGUUCGGGAUAUUUGGCACAACAGCCUAAUAUUGGGAGUACCGGGUAUCUGGCACAGCAGCCUAGUACAGGGAGUUCUGGAUAUUUGGCACAACAGCCUAACAUAGUGAGUUCUGGAUACCUAGCACAGAAUUAUCAGAGCAGUGGGGGAUUGGGUAGCUCAGGCUUUCUGGCACAAAAUCAUUACAGCAGUGGAAGUCUGGGCAGUUCUGGUUACCUGGCGCAGAGUGGUGGCAUAAUGGACCCUAAAAUGGCAUAUGCAUGGCAGCACCUAAAAGCUGACUUCGUACAGCCCAGAAUCAACCACAUCCACAAGGCCGUAAACCCACUCCUUGAGGCCAGCCGAGUGCAGCGGGAACAGUUUGGGGACAUCCCAAUGGCAGACAUGGUGGGGCCAGAAUCAGGGCUGGAGCUCCUCCACGGCCGUCUCCAGAGGGAUCCCCGUGGUAGCCGCUCUGAUCCUCAGAUGGACCAUCUGAGGCGAGAGAGGGAGUGCAAGCUGGGUAGACAGACCUCCAGCGAACAGGAGAUCCAGGCCAGGCUGAAUGAGUUGCCGCUGAUUGUGCGUCAGGAGCGCUACCGGCGGCGCCUGGAGAGGCAGUCGUCCAGCGAACAGGAGGGGAGCAGCAAGCAGAGGAUUCAGAGACAGGACUCGAGUGACCUUGAGGGCUCGGUUAAGGAGGGCUCUGACAAACGCUCAGGGGACAUCAAAUCUACCAUGGCAGAGAUUGUAGAGCAGGUCCAGGAGAGAGAGGCAGCACAGGCACGAGGAGAACCAUAUCGCCCAACAAGCAGCCUCUCAGCACCCGUGACUCGUUUUGACGGACGCCCUCGUGCACGAGACCGCCCUAAACCGAGGAGGAGGCCCCGUCCAAAAGAACCUGAGGAGACACGACGUUCUCGCUCAGCUCCAGCUACUGGUGCCCCAACGACACCUCAACCGCCUUCACACACUGCCGAAAAUAAAGGCUUCCUCUACCGCAAAAAGGCCACUGCUUCUGACCUUGAAGCUCAGCAGAGAAGCCCAAACAGCAAGUCCUGGAUGAACAUAUAUUGUGUGCUGAAGGAGGGACAGAUGACCUUCUACAAGGAUGCUAGGCACCUUACCACAACGUACAAUGAGGAGCCCCCUGUUGACCUUAUUAACUGCUCGUUUGAUCCUUCAAUGGGAUAUAAAAAGAAGAAAAAUGUCUUCAUUCUUCAGAUGAACGAUGGAAUCAACUUUGCAUUCCAUGCAAAGGAUGAGGAGGACCUGAAGGCCUGGACUUCAAACAUCACCAACUGUAUAGCUGAGCACGAUUCCAUGAGCAAGUGGGACAAGCCGGGCACCUCGUCCAUGGACCCCGACAACUCGGAGAGAAAGGAGAAGUCAGAGGGGGACGCAGACGCCAGGUCAGAGAGGUCCGAGCUGGCCGAAGGGGAGGAGCGGUCAGAGAAGGAGAGGUCAGAGAAAGGGGACGGCUCCGAGAAGUUAGACACGUCAGAAAUUGCUGACAAAAUGGAGGGCGUGGCGGGGGGCUCCAGCACGUCAGGGAAGAGCAAAUGAGGAGCCCCUUUGUGUUUUUAACAUUACUCACUGACUAAAGGCGUAGGAGACGGUGGGUGGGAGGGACGGAUGGAGAGCAUGUGCAGCUAGGUUUGCAGAUCCUCAGUCACAAAGCCGGAACACACUGAGGCCAUGGUCCUCGGACUGACUAUUGUUACUGUGACAGACUAAUCUCUCAGCCCCUCCCCUUCACCCAGGCAAAUACAUCAGUGCUUGCAUUGGGCCACCUGCUGGUAGAUAGGAGGUCGGCCCAGACAGACAGACAGACUCCAACAAGUGGUCCCAGGAAUUAGUCACCGUCACGUCCCAUCGUUGAUCGUUUAAUCUCUUGGAUUCACAGCAUCUUUCUGUAUGUAUCUUUGACUGAUAAUGUAACGCUCUGUCUAGCUAGACGAACCCGAGAAGCGGUGAAUGAAAUGUUUCACGAUAUGAAAAAAGAGAAAAAAGAAAAGAAAAGAAAAAACGUUUUUUGAAGCAAUAUACUUUUUUAGUUCUUCUCUUUGUCAAAGAGAUACAAGGGGGAAGAGGAAACAAGGAAUAAUCUCAAAUGUGAACUCUAUGAUUUGUCACAUCCACAUGAGUUUACCCCAGGCAGUUGUGCACCUUAGACACUUGACACAUCUGUAUACUAAUCAUACUGACAUUUAAUCCAGUCACAUGGCUAGCUUUGAAUCAUGUUAAUAUAACGGAAUGCUGGUGUUACCCACCUGACUUCAUUGGUGUCAAUGAAUACACAGUUCUACAGUCUCUUAUCAGUUUAAUUUAAUUUAAUUUUUUUUACAAUUUUCAUUAUUAUUAUUGUUUGUCUACGGCGAUCCAUGUAAAAAAAGAAAAAAAGAAUUUAUCAUCUAAUUCUAAUCCAAGGUGUGUUCAAAGUGGCAAUGCUCAAAGUAAUACUAAGCCUAAUGUGACACGAUGCCUUUGUAUACAUGACAAAAAAUCAGAACAUUGCAUGAAAAAAGUCAACUAGUGCACCUGUUGAACUUGCCUUUAUUUUUAUGUUCGUGGAAUAGGUCGGGCAGUAUUGGAAUUGCAAUAAUUGAAUGUGAGUGUGGGGGAGGGGGUAUGGCAAAUUGUAUUUUACUAUCACGGUCAACUUCUGAAAAACCAGAGGUAAGUUUGACAAAGUCGGGGUGUCUUCUAAACCACAGCGCGCAUGAGAAGAAAGGGAUGGUUUGUUUUUUUGGACAGGGGUUUACCAGAUUAGAGACUACUCCUUGAUCUGUGACAUGAACUAAGAUGCAAAAUGGCACCUUUGCUGUUUGUACUGUAAUACUGCAAUUCAUUUCCCACAGAAUGUAUUGAUUUUCAGCUGUGAAAUGUUCCGUCGCCGCCGUGUUUUGCGGUGCCCCAAAAAUUGUAAAAAAGAAAAGAAAAACAGCCUCUGAAGCGGUUUCACUGAGAGUUGAGCCUCUCCGUACCCUGUGUGUUUCAUUUGAAGUUCAGACUGAUCGGAAUCUCUCCAUCAAAAGGCAAGUUAAAUGUAAAACUGUCAUGAUUCGAGUCAUGAAUUGUAUAUACCUAUCUUUGUAUGUAUACCAAUAAAUCCUGUGCUCUAAUAAAACAAUACUCUGAACUGAAAUGGGUAAAAUUAAAACAUUUGUAUUAAUCCACAAAUAAAGAAAAACAUCUGUCACUCAAAUAUAUGAACGGCAUUUAAAUGAACAAUAUGCAAAUUAGGAGCCACUAUUAAAUAGCAUAGUGUAUAUAAGUACACUAGUAUCUAGUUUUACCAGGGAAGAGCAGCAGGACAUACUGGAGGUAUGCUUGUUGUAUUUUUAUAUGCCUAUAUUUAUUCUUCUCAGAUUCAGCAGUUGCCCCAAUAACAACUUGUAAUAAAGCCAGACUGAGCGGACAGUGUGUCGGUGAGAGGUGUGUGUGUUACAGUCAUACAUCACAGACAUGACAACUAGCCUGGCAAGUUCAGUACAUGCAUGCUUACUAAACUGAGGUACGGUACGCCGCGAUCACAGAGGUGAGCGGGAAUUAGUCUAUUGUUUGCCAUGCAUCAGUUAUUUUUGUAACUCCUAUUAAAGUUGUCAUUUUGACACGUUGUGCUCGAAUUAAUGACAAAAGAGGGAAUAGUGUGCAGUAAAACAGAGGCAGCAGCUGCAACUUUCCAGCCGAUCAAACUGCACCUCAAAUGUGUAAAGAAAUGUUUUAAAAAAAGUCUUCCAUUCUAUAAGAAUACUGGAUGCAUAUCUCAGAUGUCCCUGACUCGAGGACCGUAGUGAUGGUGUGCAUCACUGCCGCCGAACGAGGGGUGGACAAGCUAUGCUACGGUGUGAAUGUUCUCUUUGUGGUUUUUUAUUCAUUACAUAAGUGCCAUGUGUUUGCUGAAGCAGUGGGUCAGAAGAGAAAAUAUUCGCUUAUUCAAACAUGACUCAUUGCAAUACAUAUUUUGUUUUCAUUGACAUUGGAGCAGCUGGAUUUGAAUUUUGUGCGGCUGUAAUUGCUCAUGGCAGAUAUUUAGCCUGCGUCACCACGUGCGUUGUGAGUGUUUUUGCUUCCCAUCACUUUUAAUAAACCACACCACGUUAUGAUAGAGGCAGUCAAACUGAAAUAGGCAUCAUAUAAACCAUGACUGAAGAAAACAAAGAAAGAAUUAUAUAUUGUGCAAACUUAGUUUCCUUCAUUGACGGCAUUACAAGCGUACACGUCUUUGUUACUUCACGUUACAACUUGCUGCUAAGACAUGAAACACAACUCCAAACUGAGGCAAACCUGACGUGCAGUUGACGUGGACGCCCGCGCCGGUCACAGACAGGCGCCUGGCGGAAACGGUUUGUUCCUCAACAUGGGUCUUAAAACCCACGGGCCGAGUGGCUCUCCACUCAGUCGCACCUUGAGACUAACAAUGGGCUUUUACUGCAGCUCCCUCAGUGUCCACUGAAGGAAAAGACACAACUUUAUUGAGGUAGAUUGAGAUAGAUUAGCGUUGGCUGUACAUGAUGGGCAGUCUCCAUGCUAAAGCCUUGGUGCUCCAACACACAGUGGGUACACACUAAUAAAAUGAAACACUAACAUCAAUAAAAUGAGGAAAAUGUUUUUUUGUUUUUUUAAAGAGGGUGUGUGUGUUCACAUAAAACCCCUUGAUGUAAAAAUGCCUAAUCUCAUCCGAGCUAUGUACGUGCGGUUUGAAAUAAAAAUGUGGAGCGGGCGCAUGAAUAAUUUAUCUGAGUAAGAAAACCAUAAAGGUUUGUGCUGUUUUUGUUUUUGCACUAAAGCGAAGCCACCGUGCACGGCGAAAGACAGCGGUGGCGAUGCAGGGCUCUGUUCUCUGAUAAAAACAUACAUACACAAACAUGGUAUUGCACAAACUCUGCACAACUUGAUGUGUGUUUCCAGAUUGUACAUUUUAAUCAUAUGUGUGUGUAUAUUGAAAUUGAGUAACAUUUGCCAAUAUCUGUUUGUGGAAAUAUGAAAUAUGGUAUUGUCUCAUAAAAACUGUUCAUCCCUUAA